AUGUCUGGACGUGGCAAGAAGCUAGCAAAGCAUGCCAGUGCUCCCCGCAACAGCAAGAGUGAAAGAGCCGGCGUGCAGUUCCCAGUGAGCCGCAUUGAGCGGUUCCUGAAACGGGGCAAUUAUGCUGAAAGAGUUGGUUCCGGAGCCGCGGUGUACCUGGCAGCCGUGUUGGAAUAUCUGUCUGCAGAGAUCCUAGAAUUGGCUGGCAAUGCUGCUCAUGAAAACAAGAAGCAGCGAAUUGGGCCACGGCACAUCCAGCUGGCGGUGAGGAAUGACCAAGAGCUGAACAAGCUGUUUGCAGGUGUGACAAUUGCUGAAGGAGGGGUUUUGCCCUACAUCCAUCCCCUGCUCGGUCCUAAGAAAACAGCAAGCUCUGAAGUUCCCCAAGGAGAACCAAGCAGAUCUGACCUCUGA